GAGGGCGGGCUUCCAAGAUUCCCGCGACCGUCCUAACUUCUCGACUUGGGAGCUUACUAACACCGUCCGGCGCUAGGCCGCAUAUGAUUCUCAGUAAUCCUGUGCAUGUCAUUGGUCACCGGAGACAAUUUGCAACUUGUAUGCGUAUAGUGGUCGCCGCACCAUGUGUAGAUUUCAGAAUCCAUUGGAGAAUUGAGCUUCCAAUCUCUCUUCUCACUCCGAUACCUCUUAUCUUGUGCUCCGCGUCUGUCCGUUGUCCAAUUUUCUGAAACUUACAGUGCGAUCGCUAUAGUCGGAGUGAAACUUGACGCCUCGGCUGUCCGCAUCUACUACGAACGCCACCUUUCCCCGACGCCAACGUCAGCGACAUUUCACUUUCUUUGCACAAGUGGGGACUUGUACUUCUAAAACCUUCACGAACCUACGAAACAUUAUUGUCGCCUUCCCACCAUGUCCUUCUCCUCGCUCGUCUCAGAUAUUGCAUACCGGAAUAACUCGGAAAGGCCAGAGCGACCGGACCUGCGCUCCCAAAUAUCGGAAGCGCGUUCCACCCGAUCCUACGCCAGCACUGCCGCGACCAGCGUGAGCAUAUCCGGAGAUAUCAAGAGUCAAUUGCAUGGAGGAUACAGCCACCCUCUGUCGCGAGCAUGGCAGGCCGAGCGACAGCUCACAAAGUCGAUGCUCAUCUACCCCCUCUUCAUUUCCGACCAGCCUGACGAAGAGAUACUCAUCCCCUCCUUACCGAACAUCCACCGCCGAGGCCUGAACAAGGUCGUGCCAUACCUCACCCCGCUCGUCGCAAAGGGCCUCAAGUCCGUCAUACUGUUCGGCGUGCCACUCGCACCCUCAGCAAAGGACGCCUUGGGCACAAACGCAGACGACCCCAAGGGCCCCGUCAUCAAGGCCAUCCGCCUGCUCCGACGAGCAUUCCCCGACCUCUUCAUCGUCGCCGAUGUCUGCCUUUGCGAAUACACCUCACACGGCCAUUGUGGUAUCCUCAAGGAGGAUGGCAGCUUGAACAAUGCAUUGUCAGUAGAGCGCAUUGCGGAUGUGGCGCUUUCAUAUGCCAAUGCCGGCGCGCAUUGCGUUGCGCCUUCAGACAUGAAUGACGGUCGCAUACGCGCCAUCAAGCUGAGGCUCAUCGAAGCCGGCAUUUCGCACCAGGUGGUCCUGAUGUCGUAUGCUGCCAAGUUCUCAGGAUGUUUAUACGGUCCCUUCCGCGACGCCGCGGGUUCAGUACCCUCGUUUGGCGACCGAAGAUGCUACCAAUUACCUCCCGGCGGCCGCGGCCUGGCACGACGAGCCAUUGUCAGAGAUAUUGGUGAGGGUGCGGACAUCAUUAUGGUGAAGCCUGCGAGCCAGUACCUCGACAUCAUCAGCGAUGCAAAGGAAAUUGGCAAGGACAUGCCCAUUGCUGCAUACCAGGUAUCUGGAGAAUAUGCGAUGAUCCACGCAGCCGCAGCUGCAGGUGUGUUCGAUUUGAGGCAGAUGGCGGAAGAGGCUACGCAGGGCAUACUCCGAGCCGGAGCUUCGAUAGUAGUCAGCUACUUCACGCCAGAGUUCCUAGACUGGUUGGGUAACUAGAGAGGAGCUAGCAUAGAUGUACGGCAAAAGAAAGGGCGCAGGGGCGUUUGAUAUCCAGACGGCAUGUCUACCAAUGAACUCUCAUCACCAGUUCUACACCAUUUCUGUUCUGUGAUAUAAUCACAUACGAAGAAUUGUGUAACAUGAUCGCAAGUUACGAACAAGUAAUGAGUCUCCGGGACGAGUUUUCAGCCCGCGUCGUGCUGUUGUAUAGUGCCAAGACCAUAUAGAGAAAUACACUAGCUGAACAUGCGGAGAAUUGCAGCCC